AAUGUUCUGAGUGAUUUGUCUACUUUGGUCUGUUCAUAAUGAUCAAUGGAAAGAUAACUCAGUGUCACGUUAUGUGUAAUUCCAUCUUCUGUUUUAGGUCUGAGGAAGUUUGAUCUUGGCAAUCUGAGAAAGGCGGGGCCACAUCUCGCUUUGGAUAUAGACAACAAGAUCAAGAUGGAAUACUAUGCUCAUGGAACACCGAUCCGAAUCCUCCCCGUAUCAAAUCAAGAUCUGCCAUUCAUCGCAAAUAAACUGGAUGAGAUUAAAGGUGGAAAGAACACUGUUGUAGCCUUCACCAUUUGGUGUCAUUUCAACACUUUCCCAGUUGAACCAUACAUCCGCAGGCUCCAGAACAUCCGCAGGUCAAUUCUACGAUUGCUGGAAAGGAGCCCAGAUACACUGGUUGUAAUAAAGACUGCCAAUGUCCAGGCCCUUCCGCGGGAGGUCAGUCUCUACAACAGUGACUGGUAUUCCUAUCAACUUGACUUAGUGAUGAGAAAGAUGUUUGAGGGCAUCAAUGUGGCAUUUGUGGAUGCCUGGGAGAUGACAAUAGCACAUUACCUACCUCAUGAAUUACAUCCCAAAAGAAUCAUUAUAAAAAAUGAAGUAGAUGUAUUUCUUUCAUAUGUGUGUCCUUUAUGAAAGGGUGAAGCACUGUUUUUUUAGAUUGAAAA